UGACGUUCAUGCGUGCACUGCGUACAUCAGUCCAUGUGUUUGCGAAUCAUUCGGACAGUGAAUAAUCGUUGCCGAAAGUUUGUUCCGAUAUUUUUGGAGAUGAAGUUUGCUACAUUCGUUUGUAUCGUUACGAUGUGUUGCACGUUGGUGUUUGCACAAAGUACACCACGCCGUGAUGCUGAAUAUCCACCGCCGGAAUUACUAGAGGCAAUGAAACCGUUGCACGAUAUUUGUGUUGGCAAAACAGGUGUUACAGAGGAAGCGAUCAAGAAGUUCAGCGACGAAGAGAUCCACGAGGACGAAAAGCUCAAGUGCUACAUGAACUGUCUGUUCCACGAGGCCAAGGUGGUCGACGACAAUGGUGACGUGCAUCUGGAAAAGCUGCACGAUGCGCUGCCAAACUCGAUGCACGAUAUUGCAUUGCACAUGGGCAAACGUUGUCUCUAUCCCGAGGGUGAAAAUCUCUGCGACAAAGCCUUCUGGCUUCACAAGUGCUGGAAGCAAUCUGAUCCUAAGCACUAUUUCCUAGUUUAAGUAGCAGCUUUGUGCAGUCCGACCGAAUGCUAGGGCUGCUCCACCGUGUGAGGAUGCGCAUCGGGAGUCGGUGAGAUUGAGUGAUCCUUGCUCGUUACAGGAACAAUCUUUCGCAAGGACCUUCACGUAUCCAUCGGUUUUGCCAGCAUGCCCGGGCUCGUGGUUCGGAAUUAGUAAUUAACUUAUUUUGCUUGCCUUCCGCAUUGCACUGCACGUAGUUUUCCAAAACUAACCGACCAACCUGUGACUAACCAACUUCAACGCAACCAUUUGACGGCUCGGUACCAGGUCGAGCCACCAGAAAGAGGCUCCAAAUGGUGCGAAUGGAUAAAAUUCAAAAUUUUCUGCCCCAAACUUACGGUGCAAAAGUUCUUACUUCCUACUAACCCUUCAUUCUUGCUGAGAACAGGAAUUUCUUCUCCUGACCAAUGGAAAGCAUGAACCAAAAAAAGAUUAAAAAAACAGAAAUAAAACGAUGAAAAAAUGCAUACAA